AGGGUUAACUUCCAUUUCAGCUAAUCAUGGGGGAGAUUAAAGUCUCUCCUGAUUAUAACUGGUUUAGAAGUACAGUUCCCCUCAAAAAGAUUAUUGUAGACGAUGAUGACAGUAAGAUAUGGUCACUCUAUGAUGCAGGCCCCAGAAGUAUCAGGUGUCCUCUCAUCUUUCUGCCCCCCGUGAGUGGCACGGCAGAUGUGUUUUUCCGGCAGAUCCUGGCUUUGACUGGAUGGGGUUACCGGGUGAUCGCUCUGCAGUACCCAGUUUAUUGGGACCAUCUGGAAUUCUGUGAUGGAUUCAGAAAACUUUUGGACCAUCUGCAAUUAGAUAAAGUUCAUAUUUUUGGGGCUUCCUUGGGAGGCUUUUUGGCCCAGAAGUUUGCAGAGCACACUCACAAGUCUCCCAGAGUGCACUCGCUCAUCCUCUGCAAUGCCUUCAGUGACACCUCCAUCUUUAACCAGACGUGGACUGCAAACAGCUUUUGGCUGAUGCCAGCGUUCAUGCUGAAAAAAAUAGUCCUGGGAAACUUUUCCUCGGGCCUGGUCGACCCGGUGAUGGCUGAUGCCAUUGACUUCAUGGUGGACAGGCUGGAAAGUUUGGGUCAGAGUGAACUGGCUUCAAGAUUGACCCUGAAUUGCCAGAAUUCUUACGUGGAACCUCAUAAAAUUCGGGAUAUCCCUGUAACCAUUAUGGAUGUGUUUGACCAGAGUGCACUUUCGACCGAAGCUAAAGAAGAAAUGUACAAACUCUAUCCCAAUGCACGGAGAGCUCACCUUAAAACGGGAGGCAAUUUCCCCUACCUGUGCCGGAGUGCAGAGGUGAACCUUUAUGUACAGUCGACCUGUGCUCAGUGCAUGUACAGCCACUUAAAAGGACGGCUCUGCUUUCUGCAGAUACAUUUGCUACAGUUCCAUGGAACCAAAUACGCGGCCAUUGACCCGUCCAUGGUCAGUGCCGAAGAACUUGAGGUGCAGAAGGGCAACCUGAGUGCCAGUCAGGAGGAGCAAUAGGUGCAGCUGCCCUGCUGGAAUGACACGCCAGCCCAGCGUGUCCUCAGGUGGAGCGGCAGUGACGUCCAUACCUCUGUCUGUCAGUUCGCCAGCCAUCACGCAGGGUGGGCGCCAGGGCGGUUGUCAUUUUUGUGAAGGGAGGCAGUUCUUCUAAGCCAGCGCAGUGGCUCCCUCUUCAGUGCCCUUUUAGCCUUUGAAUGUACUUUUGAAGGACUCCCACUGGACGACUGUGACCUUUUUGCUUCCAAGACUCUUUACCGCUGUGCUCUCCAGCGAGGGUCGGCGUCUGCCUUCGGAGAUUGCCGGGGCUUUCUUUCCUGUGCGUCCUUUGCUGUAGAGGCUGCGCGGCUAGACUAUGUGUGAGGAAGACGCGCUCUAAGACUGCGCGCCCCGCUGUCUGCUCUCCUGAACAUCAACUGUUUUCCUCUCCAGCUAAGUAAAUGGCUUUGGGUUUCAGCUGUCGUCUGUCCAGGCCAUCACAGUCAUUUUAAAAUAAAAAUUCAAUUUCA